AUGAGCCAGCUCUACCAAAUAUCGUCGUCGUCGUCGUCGGAGUUGCCAAGACAAGAUGUUGGUGGUGGUAGUGAUAUUGACCCAUUAUUUUUCCAGCUCUUGGCCGCUCAUAAUCCCGAUCAUGCAAGUUCUUUCAAUCAAAGUCCCCGACAAAUGAAGGAGAUUGACUUGAAUCUGACCUGUGGAAUCUAUCAACCUUACUCGCAGUCGUCGCACAAAUUCGCCAUUGAGGCUCAGGCAAUCUCGCAACAGCAACAGCAGCAGCAGCAGCAGCAGCAGCAACAACCGCAGAAACCAGUCGAAGCUCAAGAUCAAGAAAACAUCUUGAGUUGCUACCACAACCCGUCCUCGUCGUCGUAUCCGCGACCAAAUUCCCUUAAUGCAAUGGGUUUAGCUUGCUCGCUACCCACCACCAACACUUCCUUCUCUCAGGAGAAAAAAACCCUCACCGAGGACUUGGAGGUUAACUUUUACGAGGGAAACCACAUUGACGCUGGAAACACUCGAUGGGCUUCCGAUGGUGGCAACUUUUUGGAUCCCGUGUUGAUCGAUGACCGGGUGUUUGCAAAGGAGCAUGAGGCUAACCCGUUUCUGAUGACAGCCCCUUAUUCUGUUGACGAAAUCGCUCUUGGCGCGCUUUCGAGAGAGACAGGAAGGGCAAUGUGCAGCACGGUCUACAAUGUACUCUGUCAGGAUAAAAGUAUCAACGGCAUUUCCUUGGAAGCCUCGUUUCUGAGCACCACUGAAGGCGUGAUUUACACAUUAUCCCACAAUCUGGGGAGCGAUUCCGAACGAGUUGACGAAUUGAGAGAAAAUUUGAACCUUUUACCGGCGUUUUCUUUUCCUAGUUCGGAAUCGGCCACUGGUACUAUCUGUAUCUUCCAAGGGGACCAGCGCCCACGAGUCUUUGAAGGUGUUCUUCCCGUCUCGCCGUCACCUGUGAGAAAUCAUGGCCUAGGUCUGACCAUUCCGUCGUCACCUAUUUUCACACCUAGGAAAGAGGACCAAGCUCUGGAGCAUGAAAUUUUUCCAGGCAAUAGCCAUGUAUCCACUCGUAGCCGCGCUGAAACUCCUGUUGCCGAGGGGAUUCAUGUCCUUGUAAUGAGAUCUGAUAGUAGUGGUUACGUACACGAUGGUGGCAACGGAAUGAAAGAGGCGAAAAAGAAAAGGAAGCAGAAGAAGAAGGAAAAAGAAGAAGAAGAAGAUGAAGAGGGAGAAGAGAGAGAAGUAGAAGCGGAAGACGAAGACGAAGAAGGAGAGGAGGAACAAGAGAUGGAAGAGGGAGGACAAGAGCUAGAACACGAACAAGAACAAGACGAAGCGAAUGGAAAUGAAGCUGGCCCAAACGUCGGGGAGCAAAUGUGUAGGACCACCAGAAAGUAUUGCAAGAGGGUGCACCGGCAAGUGCUUAUGAUCUAUCCAGUGAUUUUAAAGUUUAAAAACCGCAAGAAGCAGCAGGAAUAUAGAAAGCUUCUAGAGCUCAAAGAAGGUGAUUCCGAAAACGCCACUAAAUCGUCUCAAACGAAUGGCACAGAAUUGCAGCUUGCUUCUGAGAUCUACGAUAUUGGACCCAAGACGCUUCCUCGACCUUUCACAGAAGAGUUUUGGAACUUGCAGUUUCACAAGUUCAUCCCGCUCGCGCAAUUGAAACGUCUUCCCGAUUUCAGAUUACCCGAGGGUCAAGAAAGCAAUUACCUGUCCGAUAAACACGUCAAGAGAACGCAUUGCCCCAAGAGGCCAGCAAGUGGCGAUUUGGGGGCGUUUAGAGUGCAGCCAACAAACCAAUUGGGGAACGUGCAGUAUGACAGGUACUACUCGAGGUUAAACAUCUACGAGUUGUCGCGGAUCUUGGAGUUGCACAAUUACGACAUUGCCUUGACGAAACAAGUUGAGUUGAAAAUCUUGGAGAUAUUUGGCAACUAUUGCGAUUUCAAAUUGGGCCAUCAAACUUGGAUCAGGGAUACUAACAAAGUAAAAAGGCAGGCGUUGAUUGAGGAAUUGUACUCGUACAGCUCAGUUUUCUACCCUGAAAUCGAUCAAUUCAAAUUGGAAGUUAUCUUGAGAAGAGGCAGCUACAGUUUGAUGCAGUCGAGAUUGCGGAGGGAGCGUCGCUUGAAAACCACGAGGCGCGAUCGCUAG